CCCCCCCCCCCCAGCUGGGGGAUGUGCCCGCUGGGCUGGUGCUCUUUAUUAUCAUGUCUCUCUUCUUCCUUUCAGUAAUUUAUUUCUAAUGUAGGCAGACAAACCUACAGUAAUGUCGAUGAUUUGGGAUAAUCAGACAGCAUUCAUAUUUUUCAUGGAAAAGUUCAUCGUUAGUUAAGCUAGCAUAGCUCAGUAAUUAGCGGUUUAUUUUCAGGGUCCGAAGAGAAAUGGAGACGCGGCUCUCGGAGCUUUUCGGGACAGGUUCCGCUUUUAAACCUCCAGGAAGCGGGUCGGCUUCAAAUAAUCCCGCCGCAGUGGCUCCGAAAAAGGCGCUUGCAAAAAAUGGCAAAAAGGCAAAGAGCCGCUCUGCCAGAUAUCCCAAAUCGAGCAAUAACCCGCCAUAUCUACCUCCGGAGGCUGAAGAGGGAAAUAUAGAGUACAAGCUGAAGCUGGUGAACCCCACGCAGUAUCGCUUUGAGCACCUGGCCACACAGAUGAAAUGGAGGCUGCAGGAAGGCAGGGGAGAGGCCGUGUAUCAAAUCGGCGUGGAAGACAACGGCUUGCUGGUCGGAUUAUCCGAGGCAGAUAUGAGAGCCUCGCUCCGGACCCUCCGCAUGAUGGCUGAGAAGGUGGGUGCUGACAUUACAGUUCUCAGAGAGAGGGAGGUGGAUUAUGACUCGGAGGAGCCGCGAAAAAUUGCAGAAGUCCUCGUCAGGAAAGUGCCAGAUGACCAGCAGUUCCUGGACCUACGGGUAGCUGUGCUGGGUAACGUGGACUCGGGGAAGUCCACUCUCCUUGGCGUGCUUACUCAAGGGGAGCUGGACAACGGUAGGGGCAGAGCACGACUAAACCUCUUUAGGCAUCUCCAUGAGAUUCAGACAGGAAGGACCUCCAGUAUCAGCUUUGAGAUCCUGGGCUUUAAUAGCAAAGGAGAGGUGGUCAAUUACAGCGAGUCACGGACGGCAGAGGAAAUUUGCGAGAGCGCCUCAAAAAUGAUAACCUUCAUAGACUUGGCUGGUCAUCAUAAAUAUCUGAAGACUACUAUCUUUGGCCUCACCAGCUAUUGCCCUGACUUUGCCAUGCUGGUGGUCAGCGCAAACACUGGCAUCGUGGGCACCACGCGGGAGCACCUCGGCCUGGCGAUGGCUCUGAAGGUGCCGAUCUUCAUCGUAGUCAGUAAGGUGGAUCUGUGCACAAAAGGCACGGUGGAGAGAACUGUACGGCAGCUGGAGCGUGUCCUCAAGCAGCCCGGCUGCAACAAAAUUCCACUGGUGGUGAACAACGAAGACGACGCCGUCACUGCGGCCCAGCAGUUUGCACAGUCUCCCAGCGUCACGCCGGUCUUCACGUUGUCCAGCGUAUCGGGGGAGAACCUAGAGCUGCUCAAGGUGUUCUUUAACAUCCUGCCUCCCCUCAGCAACAGCAAAGAGCAGGAGGAGCUCAUGCAGCAACUCACCGAGUUCCAGGUUGAUGAGAUUUAUACAGUGCCUGAUGUUGGGACUGUAGUAGGUGGAACUCUCUACAGCGGGAUCUGCCGAGAGGGGGAGCAGUUAGCGGUAGGGCCGAUGGAUGACGGCCAGUUCUGCGAUCUCACCGUGUGCAGCAUCCAGAGAAACCGAUCAGCGUGCAGAGUGCUUCGGGCAGGACAGGCAGCUACACUGGCACUGGGCGAGUUCGACCGCUCGUUGUUACGAAAGGGAAUGGUGAUGGUGAGUCCGGAGAUGAAUCCCACUAUCUGCUGGAUGUUUGAAGCUGAGAUUGUAUUGCUCUUUCAUGCUAAGACUUUCCACAAGGGCUUCCAAGUGACAGUGCACGUGGGCAACGUGAGACAGACGGCCACAGUGGAGGCUCUGCAAGGGAAGGAGGAGCUGCGCACAGGUGAGAAAGCAGUGGCACGCUUCAAGUUCAUCAAGCAUCCAGAGUACCUCAAAGUGGGAGCCAAGCUACUUUUUAGACACGGAGUUACCAAAGGCAUUGGACAAGUCACCAAACUACAGCCCUUGUCCCAGUACCAGCACCAAGCAUAGAGACUCAUUCUUGUCCUUUCUGUCUCUCAGUCUCUUCCAGCUCAGAGGAUACAAGCACAGCAUACUAUAAUACACCAGUCCUUUAGUCAUCCUCAGAGUCCUUUUGGGGCGGGGUAACCCCUCCAAUGUAAUUUACACUUCCUUUUCUUUUACCAAAGCCUUUCCUCCACUGACCUCAAGCCUUUUUUUCUUAAGAUAUUUAGUCUGGUUUGUCCAUUUUUUUUUAUUAUUUAUUUUUUUUUUAGAAAUGUUUUUUAACUAUGGCAAUAGGAAUAUAUGAAGUGAGCUGGUCCUGUUUUAAGCGUUUGAAUGCAAUGGUCACCAUAUUAAGGUUGGAUUUGAAGUAGAUGUCUAGUAGUUGUUCUUGUCGCUAUGAGUGGACACGUAGCCAUUUGGGGUUUGUUUUUAAAGUGAAUGUCAAACUAACUGACUGGCUAAAAGGUAAAUGAUCACUGAAAGCUAAUGCUGCCAGUCCCAUGCUAUUUACCUCAUCAGCAUGGUUUGUUUGUCUUGUCCCUUUUUAAAGACUUCUAAUGAGCUUCUUGCACAAACAGUUCACACUCAAUCGCCACGAUAUACCAAGCCAAGUGAAAGCAUGACCAUGUUUCAUCAUCCCCUUCAGAAUUUAGUCCCAGCCCUAAUUUCACACGUGUGUUGGAAUUAAACUCUGCAGCUUGGUAGAUCUCCAGGAACCUGGAGGUAUCCGAACCCUUCCGUUAAGAAUGAAAGGCAACAGACUUCAGAAUCUUGGGAGGCCUUUUUGAAUGACAGCUAACUUCUCAUAGAUGUUGAAAAUCCUCUGUAGCCGAUUUGUCUUCACAAGUGUACUAAAGCGUAAGGUGUUCAGUAUUUAAAUGGCAGCUACAACGAUGACUGAGUUUCAGCACUAUCUUUUCAACCAACUUUUAAAAGGAAAUGCCAGCACUGUUAGCUUUAAACCUGCUAACAGUCUCUCUUGUCUUCUGUAAAAUGAUGACCGGUAUUAAACAAGGCACUUUAACAUAGUGACAGGCUCAGGCUUCACAGGGCUGAAUGUUUUAGCGCAAUGAGACACGCUGAAGAUGUCUCACACUGCCUUACAGUCACACGGUUGGUUCUCUGUGCUUCGCUGUUGCCGAAUACCACUUCCUAUAUGACUGUAUCAUGUUUUUGUUUGUUUGUUUGUUUUUUUGUCGAUUAAGUUGAUAUUCUUGCCUACACUCAAGUGCUUUAGUUGCUCAGGAAGUGUUGCAUGUUCCUCUUUCACACUGACCCUUGAUCAAGAGAAGUAGAUGUCAACUUGAGCAGCGCCUCCCUCAAAGCAUCUCCGCUGCUCUUUUACUGAUUAUGCAAAACGUCCUGCAGGCCUCAGGUGGGUUUUUUUUCCCCCUGAUCUUUUGUCACUGAUUUUUAUCUUGUUCACAAUCUUAUUUUCUUUAGGUUACUGAUAUCAGAGGUGCUCUUUUGUAGUGCCUUGUGUCCACCAAGCUCCUUGGCAAAGUCGGACAUCGAACCCCACACGAUUUUGUAGCUUUUUAACUUGGUGCUAAACCUUUUACUAUUAAGAACAUAAACAGGGUUGAUCCAAUAGUUUCUAAAUUAUGCGUCUGUCUGAAACAGCUAGUUUAUGCAUGUCAAGUUCUUUUAUGUACCACGUUAAGGCACAAUGUUAACACCUUUUUAGUAUGUGUUUCUUGUGCAAUUUUAGAGGUGAGGGGGGGGAAAUGCAUUUAAACCAAAAUGGAAAAAAAAAAUUAAACUAGUUAUUUCUAGUUUUAUUCAGUUAUCUGUUUUUGACACCCUUUAUAUUGGUCACAUUUUCUGGGCUUGCUGUGAGACGCUGGAAAAAAAUGUUUAGGGUUUUUUCCCCCCUGUCUUAUUUCUUAAAGAAUUUUAGCUUUACUUUAUGGUGCAUUGUUGUAAAAAAAAAUAUAUAUAUAUAUAUAUAUAUAAUGAUGUAUGUAUGUAAUAUAACAAAAUGUUCAUCAUUAUUGAUUCCUUUAAUGCUGUGGUGUUUAAUUGAUGUAUAGUAUAAAGAACAUCCCCCAUCACAUUGCAUUACAAUUUCCUUUUGCUGGAACUGAGGCCCAAACAUGUUUCAGUAGCAUGACAAUGCCCCGGUGCACAAACUGAAAUCCAUGAAGACCUGGUUUGCACAAAUCCCCACAGCCACGCUCCAAAAUCUAGUGGAAAGCCUUCCCAGAAGAGUGGAGCUUAUUAUAAAACCAAAGGGGAAAUAAGUCUAGAAUGGGAUGUUCAACAACACAUAUGGGUGUGCUGGUCAGGUGUCCACAUAGUUCUGGCCAUGUAGUGUAUAAAAGGUGUGCAUGAUGAAACAGGCUGUCAGCCUUGUUCACGGAAAGCGAAAGCUGAUGUAAGAAACUGCAAUCAUAUUCCACCACGCUAAAUGAUGCCUGUGGUGUCAUGCAAACCCGAAACAAAUCCGUCACUACUUACAUAACUCACAAAAGGUGGCAAAUGUAUUGGGUAGGACAAUUGCAAAUACCAGUUCUAACAAUUUUUUAAAAAAAUUACUUCAGUGCAUCAUUAACUCCUAAUGUAAGUUGUGUUAUUGAGGUUUUGAGUAACACCCAUUCAAUUCAAAUCACAAGCCCUUCUUUGAGAGUGACUUAUAAGACCCAGAAAUGAUGGGUGGGAAGUUAAAUGUUAGGUAGUUUGGGUAAUAAAUUCUGAAAUGUUUGUUUUUAAGCUUGUAAUACACACAUGCACCAGGGGUGUACCACAAUGCCACUAUCUACAGCUGUAUAGUGCUGAAAUAUGUAUUUGGAUUUAAACCUAAAGUGGGUAUGUUUUGUUUUUUUUUCCUUUUUAAAUUAAAUAUAAACCCUACCAUUAUUGCCCCAGAAAUACAAGGGGGAAAAAAAAUAACCCAGAUGUAGAAAUAGCAGCGCUGUCAGUAGGGUGUGUGAAUCCUGGCUCUGACAGUUCCUCAACUUCAGCUAAAUCGCUCGAGUACAGAACUAGUUCUCGACUAGAGCUAUAUUAAAAUAUAAAACCAACUUUAACUUUAUAUAAAGACAUAAACAAAGUAGUAGCUUGAUUUAAACCAUAGCAACCCGGAUCAGGCAGUUACUCACCUUUCUGGCAUGCUGUCUAAAAGAAAAACGAAUAAUACGUCUCGUAUUUGUAUCUGUUCGUUCCGAAUAACGUAGUUGUGUUGCAUCACUAAUGCACAUAAAUAUAGUUUCUGAUCUGACAUUCCAGUUAACAUGACCAAUUAACAUUUGACAACAACUUUUUUAGGCAGUUAUACUGUGUUGCCCUCUUGUGGGGGGGA